CGAAUGGCGGAACUAAACGCAACUUGCCAAAUAUUUUGAAUUUUCAACGGUUUCCAAUUCACUAUAAUCUAAAAACUUCGAAACAUACUAAAUAUUGUGAAAAUGGAAAGUCGAGAUUUAUUUUUGGUUCAAGAAAGAGUAAAAACAUUCAAGAAUUGGCCAUUUAAUGAUAAAAACAUGUGCAACGUGCGUAAUAUGGCGGAGGCGGGAUUUUACUCUGUAGCGACUGGUGUUGAUGAUGCUGAUGCUGCGAAGUGUUUUCUUUGCGGCAAAGAGUUAGAUGGGUGGGAAGCGAGCGACGAUCCUUGGGCGGAGCAUAAAAGCCAUGCUGCACAGUGCGCAUUUGUGCAAUUAGGAAAGAAGGAGGAUGAACUAUUGCUUUCAGAAUACCUGUCAGUAAUCAAACAAUACAUGAUAAAUGAAAUAAAGAGAGUUGCUGAGGUGGCAAAAGAAAAGGUUGAUGAUAGAGCAAAAUCCAUUCGAAGAAAAUGCUUAGGAAGAAAAUAAUGUAAAUUUGUGAAUAUAGUUAAGUUAGUUUACACCAUGAUACAGUUUGGUUCUACCGACAUAUAGAAUAGGCUUUGUAAUGCAAAUCAAAUUUGACAUCAUAAAUUUAUGUUUCCUGUAGUAUUUAGCUUAUGAAACUAAAGUAUACGGAUGUCAGUUAAGAAUUGCGCAAGGUGGUUGCAUAAUUUUAAUUUAAAAAUGCAAUUUAUUUGUUGAAAUAAUACUAUUUUUCAGAUUUGAUUGAGAUUUUAUAUCAUAAUUUUCUCCCAGUAAAAAGAAAAAAGGGAGAAAAGUAAAAUAUAAAAAUUGUGAUGAAAUCUGCAAAAUAGUUUUAUUUUAAUGUCUAACAUUCAUAUUAAUAUAAGAAAUCAUGAUGCAAUUUAUGUAAAAAGUAUUUUCUGUUACAAAAUAAAGUUUUUCAGCUAUCUAAAUCCAAAAAUAAUUGUAAUUUUUUUAAGGCUCAUAAAACAAUUUUAAUUAUUAAGUUCUUAAGAACAGGUCAACUUGUCUAUUGAUACUGGCUAGAAGAAUGACAGCAAGAACAUUUGUUAUGGCCAUAAUGGGUCAGUAUUUUGUUAAGUUUCUCAGACCACCUUCUAAGUUACCUACUACUAUUCGUCUUUGCUUUAUAUAAGGUUUUCAUGGGGCCUCUCUUUGUCCAUUUUGGAUUUUGUUCUCUUAUAUGGCUCUCCUAAGUUUUUGUUCAAGGUUUGCAUGUUUGCCAAGGUUUUAUUGCAGUAAACCAGCAUAGGAACUACAUUGAAGUUGAAGGUAUCUUUUAAUAUAAGGGGAUACUGAAUUUUUGGGUUUAUAAAUACAAUAAUUAAUGUAAUAUAAAUAACUAAAAUAUUUGUAACUAUGUAAUCAGCUUCUGGAGCUCAACAUUUUUUUUUAUAAUGUGAAAUGUAUUGGUAAUGGUAAAUAAACUGUAACUAUUGUAAUAAAUAUUGAUAAUGAUGUACUGAGUAAGAAAAAUGCAGUUGAAUGUAUUUUUACGAUAACCUUAAUAAAAUUAUAGUAUGUGUUUGCAUA